AUGUCUUUCAGAUACGUUUUGAAAAACUAUAUAGUUGAGCCGCAACUCUAUCCAGAUGAAGUGUUGUUUUUCGAUUCACACGCAGUCAUCAUAAAGGACGCGUUCCCUAAGAGUCAAUUUCAUUUUUUGAUCCUUCCCAGAGAUCUUAAAAUUACAUGGACCGAUCCCACCUCCCUUAGCGCCGAGCAAAAGAGCAAGUUACAAGGCUAUGUCGAUUGGGCUCUUACUCGCGCUUUUGAAGAUUUUACUAAAAGUUAUACGUUUAGCAAAGAAGGAAUGAUUCCUUUCGAGAAAAAGUACCAAUUUGAAGAUAAACAAUUCUUUAUUGAUAAAUUUACUCAAGUAGGGAUUCAUAGUGUACCUUCUCUUAAAAACUUGCACAUUCACGUCAUGACGAAGGACUUCUACUCUGAUAGAAUGAAGAAUAAAAAGCAUUAUAACUCCUUCAAUACAACUUUUUUCGUGAAUUGGAGACGCCUUCCUUUGGAGGAGAGCCCAGAUGCUACUUAUUUGGAGAAUGAAGUUAUCAAAAAGACAGAUCUCAAGUGCUGCUACUGUAAGAAGAAUUUUAAAAACCGCUUCUCGGAGCUCAAGCUACAUCUAGAUCGUGAGUUUAAGGUGAGAUUCACAAAUCAAAGUUGA